CCAGUAUAUAUUCAUGAUCAGAUCCCUACCUUUUCCCUUUUUCCCUCCCCAAAUUUUCCUUACCUGAUUCCCUCAUCCUUUUUAUCUCGAAAUAUCAGAACUCACCCGUUUGUAGGGUUUUCUCCUCUUUCCAUACCCCCUUUCUUCAAUUUCCCUUAUCGGUAAGAAUUCCAGUCCCAUUUCUGCAGUCAAAGCUUGAUUUAUACAGAGUGUUUGUGUGUGUGUGUUUACAGCAAUUGUUGAUUAUCACCUUUCCCAAAUUUUAAAAGGAUUGGUGGAUGCUAUGGUGAACGGGAAGCUGAUACUAAUCUGUCAGUCCGGCGGCAGCUUUGUCACUAGCAGCGACGGGAGUCUGACAUACGCCGGCGGCGCGGCGAAUGCGAUGAACAUCACGCAAGAGACUGUGUUCGAUGACCUAAAGAUUAAGCUCGCCGAGGUGUGCGAUUUUGACCUCAGCUCCGUCUCAGUCAAGUAUUUCCUCCCUGGAAACAACAGGACUUUGAUUAACUUGAAGACCGACAGGGACCUCAAAAGAAUGCUCGACUUUCAUGCCAGCUCCGUCACUGCGGAUAUCUUCGUCAGUGGCAAUUCAGGGUUUGAUCUCGGCGUCCUUGGCGCUUUCACAAACAGAACCUGCUGCCAUGAAGAAUUAUUUUGAGGUAGCUAUAAAUUAUGCACCGCAGCCUCUUGUCGGUUCUAGGAAGGCUAUGAAGAGUAGUCCAGGUCAGAAACUGCUCUCCAUCCUUGCUUCUACCGACUCUCUGGUGGCUUUAAGAGAAGACAAUUCCCACAGUGAAUCCCGUACCUGGUCUUCAUACCAUGGUUCCGGUGAAGCUUCAGACUAUGCUUCAGUGGUUACAUCUGGUGCAAAAGCAGAUAGAGAUUUUGGCUUUGAUGAUUGUGGUACACCUGCUGAAAGGGUCAAGAAGAGGAGGCGUACUGGUGACUCAAACAAAGCAGAGGUUGCUUCUGGGAAGAAAAGCUCAUCCAAUAAAAACAAGGAUAGGGGGGCUUUAACUAAUGUUAUUGUAGUGGAUGAACUUGGGGAUCUGAAUGGUGAUGAAGAUUUGCCAGAAAAGCUAGUCGCAUCAUGGAAGGAAGGCAUCAAUGGUGUUGGUCAGGAUUUUAGGAGUGUUAAGGAGUUCCGAGAGGCAUUGCACAAGUAUGCCAUUGCAAAUCGCUUUGUGUACAGGUUAAAGAAGAAUGACACUAACCGUGCAAGUGGUAGAUGUCUCAUUGAAGGCUGUUCUUGGAGGAUUCAUGCAUCUUGGGUUCACGCCGAUCAAACAUUCAGGAUCAGAAAGUUUAAUGAUGAACAUACAUGUGGCGGGGAAUCUUGGAAGUCUGCCCAUCCUGGUAAAAAUUGGUUGGUGAGCAUCAUCAAAGAAAAAAUACGGGAUUCUCCAAAUGAAAAGCCAAGGGAUGUUGCUAAAGCCAUAUGGCACGACUUUGGAAUUAAACUGAAGUAUUCACAAGUUUGGCGAGGAAUCAAGGAUGCCAAAGAGCAACUUCAGGGUUCUUAUAGGAAGUCCUACAGUCGGUUGCCUUGGUUUUGCAAAAAAAUAAUGGAAUCAAACCCAGGAAGUGUCACUAAACUUGUGAUUAGCGAUGAGGACAAAAGGUUCAAACACCUUUUCUUCUCAUUCAGCGCGGCUGUGAAUGGCUUCAAAAACGGAUGCCGGCCACUCAUUUUUCUAGAAGCUUUGCCUCUGAGGUCAAAGUACAAAGAGACGCUGUUGACUGCAAAUGCUGUUGAUGCAGAUGAUGGGUUCUUUCCUGUUGCUUUUGCCAUAGUCGAUAUUGAAAGCGGUGAUAGUUGGCAGUGGUUCUUGGAGCAACUGAAAUCUGCAAUCUCAACUUCGCAACAACCUGCACUGACUUUCAUUUCAGAUCGAGAGAAGAGUAUAGAGAAGCAUGUGCGUGAUGUGUUUCAGAACAGUUAUCAUGGCUAUUCAAUUUUUCAUCUCAUGGAGAGCUUAAAGAAAAACAUGAAGGGCCCGUUUCAAGGUGAUGGCCGAGGAGUCAUACCCGGCGUUUUCCUGGCUGCUUCCCAUGCUGUCCGUCUAGAGGCUUUCAAUUGCUUCACUGAGCGAAUCAAACAUGUUUCCUCCACCACUUAUGACUGGGUCAUCCAGAUCGAUCCGGCACAUUGGACAACUUUGUUAUUUAAGGGCGUACCAUAUAAUCAUAUCACACAGAACCCUGCAGAGGAAUAUUCCAAAGUGAUUGAUGACAUGCGGGGAUCAACUGUGAUGCAGAAGAUUGAAGCUCUGGUAAGUAAGUUGAGCAACACGAUGACUCAUCGUAGGGAAGAGGCCAGGAAUUGCCCUACCAGACUUGCUCCAUCAAAAGAGAAACAGCUAGUAGAAAAAGCUGUGAAAGCACGCAGUUUGAAUGUUUUGUUCUCGUCCGAAGUGGUUUUUGAGGUUCAUGAUGACUUAACACACGUGGUCAACAUUGGAAACCUGCACUGCACAUGCUUGGAGUGGAAAUUCAGUGGGCUCCCUUGUUGCCAUGCUGUCGCUGUUUUCCUCUCAACUUCCAAAAGUGUGUAUGACUAUUGCCCACAUUGGUUCACAGUUGAAAGCUUCCGUUCUGCGUAUUCUGAGCUCAUAAACCCUAUUUCUGGUAUUGGGAGACCGGUUGAGGAUGAAGUUGAUUAUGAGAGUGCAGAUGUGCAUCCCCCUCUUCCUCCUCGGUUUCCAGCUCAACAAAAAGAAGACACCCCCAAGAUACUAGACUCAAAUAGGAGGACGGUUAUAUGCAGCAAGUGCAAGGAACCUGGACAUAACAAGGCUUCAUGCAAGGCCACUUUAUAGUUCAUACACCUCCCUGAUUAAUUGUUACUGCAUCCUGUACAGCUUCAAUACUUUAUACGAGUAUUUUAUAGGGCUUGCUAGGUUGUGCUUUUAUUGAUAUAGUUAGUAUACGGUGCUGUUAUUUAAGAGGAAACAACUUUAGAUUGCGUCUGCAAAAACCCAUAAUCCAUGUUGUAAUGUCACACUACGUAUAAACACCCUUCUAACCUUUAUUAGUCAGGGGAUGGACCAAUUGUUUUCUUAAUUAAAUACGUAGUAAUAAUGAAUACACCACUCCAUUUUUGUUA